AGAGAAAAAAAAAAGGUCUUUAACUUGAUACUAGUAGCUCACAGUUCACACACUCUCUUUCUCCUUUAAUUCAAAAGCUCUUAUUUUUCAAUUCAUUUUUCCUCCCAACUCCUGCUCACCCCCCACCUCUUCCUUUCUUUUGUCUUUUCCUUCAAACCUUUUCUUUUUCAUUUUUUUUUCCCUUUCUUUUCCACCACCCCUCUGCAUUUUAUUUUUCCCUGUCAAAACCCUAGAUUUCAAAUCUAGGGUUUUGUUUUUCUUCUUGUGUUCAAGUAUGGUUCGAGUUGAGAUGCCAAGUUGUCGUUCCUGCUUUUCUUUGGCUUCUGUAAGCUUCUGAUUUUUUCUGCAUUUCUUAGGAGUAUUCUCUCUGUCUAUUUCUCUCUCUAGAGUUCGCGGUUUAUGGAGAGAACCUGUUGUUCAAAGCUUUAGCUUUGUGUGUGCUUUGUUUUUGUGGGUAAAGAUCAAGAAUUUUUGUAUUGAGUUAUUUGAUUUUUUUUUUUCUCCACUUGAAAGAAAAACCCUUCUAAAACCCUUGUCUUUGAAUCCCUGAUUUUUUGUUUUUGAAAUUUAGGGUAAAAAGGGUUCCUUUCUUUUCUUCUAUGAAGCUAAAAUUUUGGGGUUAGAUUUACAAAGUCUGUUGCUUUUGCAAGCUUUUUCUACAUUUGAAGAACAAGCCCUGUAAAAACCCUUAUCUAAAAUCUCUGUUUUGCUGUGGGACUCUUGGUGGUAGAUGCACUAUCUUGGGUAUAGUUGAAGAUUUAAAAAUUGUUGAAGGUGUUUCUACACAAACAGUCAGGCAAUUAGCUAGCCCAAAAAAAUAAAAAAAUAAAAAAAUAGAAUUUUUCUGUGACUAAUAGCUUAUUAAAUGCAUGGAUGGGAGAGAAGCCAUGGCAUUGUCAGGGUCAGCUUCAUAUUACAUUCAUAGGGGUGGAGUUGGUGGGUCUGGCUCUGGAUCACAAUCUGGUGGACUGCAUGCACCACCUGGGUUCAGACCAUUGUCAAACACUGGUAUUCCAUCUCAAUCCAAUGUUCGAGGUGGUUCUUUGGGAUCAACAUUCUCAGUAGAACCUCCUCGUGCCAGUUUUCCUCAUGGCAUUAGAAUGGGUUCAUCUCCUGGGAUGGCCUCCGGUGAGCCUGUCAAGAAGAAAAGGGGGAGGCCUAGAAAAUAUGGUCCUGAUGGGCCUGUUUCUUUGAGAUUGUCACCCAUGUCUGCUCCUCCUAACCUCACACAGGGUUCAACCACAUCUUCUCAGAAACGGAGUAGGGGGCGGCCACCUGGGACCGGGAGGAAACAACAAUUAGCUAUGCUUGGUGAUUGGAUGAAUAGCUCAGCUGGAAUAGCAUUUGCACCCCAUGUAAUUACUGUCGGAGUUGGAGAGGACAUUGUGGCGAAACUAUUGUCUUUUGCGCAACAAAGGCCAAGGGCUCUUUGCAUCUUGUCAGGCAAUGGUACUGUGUCAUCAGUUAGUCUACGGCAGCCUGCAUCUACCAGUGUCAGUGUCACAUACGAGGGCCGAUUCCAGAUACUAUGCUUGUCAGGUUCAUACUUGGUUUCUGAGGAUGGUGGUCCUCGCAGUCGAACAGGGGGUGUGAGUGUUUCUCUUUCUAGUCCGGAUGGUCAUGUUGUUGGUGGUGGUGUGGCAAUGCUUACUGCAGCUAGCCCAGUCCAGGUAGUGGUUUGCAGUUUUGUAUAUGGUAAUUCCAAGCCCAAGAUCAAGCAAAUUACUGGCCACAAAAGCAAUGAGAGUUCUGAGACUCAUCAUCGUAGUGAUAAAUUAACUUCACCCUCUAGUGCUCCACCAACUCAGAAUUAUACUCCCUCUGGUUCUGGAAUUUGGCCUGGUUCGAGGGCAGUCGAUCUAAGAAAUCCCCAUACCGGUAUUGACUUAACGCGAGGAUGAAAGAUAUAUAUGCUGCAACAGACACAUGGCAACUUUGUAUAUAUGUGUUGUUGUUGUAAAUGAACCGAAAAUCUGUGAGAAUUGUAACUUUUAUGCUCAUGUUCUCCCUGCUGGUGCUUAUCGGGUCUGUGCUAACAUAUCCUGUAACAAAAGCCAUCAUUUUGAUUUUCUUGAGUAACAAUAACUUUUUUUUCUUUUUUUUUUUCCCUGCUUAUUUGAAGGUCUAGAUACACUUAUUUGUAGCCUGAGAUACAAUCAUCUUGAGUCAACUUUCUUUGGAUAUUGAUUGCUAUAUUUUGUUAA